UACUGAACGCACACACCUCUGUUUUCCAGACCAAAAAAAACAGAGGGUGAUGUAUGAAAGCACUGGGCUUUCAACCAACAUUCCUCGAAUUGUUUAUUUUUUUGGUCAAUCAAUGCAUCAAAAUCUCAAAGAAUUGUACUGAUUAAGUGUCUUAACCUAUGGAUUACAGUGAAAAGUAUUUAAGCAAAUCAGCCUGUUCUCAUUGUGUGUAUCUUCAUAGAUGGAGUAUGACUCUGGACCUGAGCUGGCGACUGAUGACCCUCCUGGUAAAGACAGCAAUGCACUGCUGAUCAAAGACUAUCACGUGACAGGCGAUCACAUCGAUCUCAGGGAGUUCUACUUUUCAAACCAAGAGUACUAUCGUAAGAUAGAGCAGCUGAAGAAGGCUCAUCUCCAAACCAUGGCUGAACUCGAACUCAUGUAUCGCAAGAAACUGGACCUCAAAGGGGUGAGCGCUGCGGACAACACUGAUCGGACCAAUCUUUCCCCACAAGGAAGGAGUCCAGUGAUAACCAGCAAUCUGAAAAAAGCCCGUUCUGCUCUGGAGCUGCGGUGGACUUCAGAUCUUUCUGACCUGUCUGAUGAAGAGUGCAGUGCUGACAAUGGCAACACCGAGAAAGGCCUUCUUAUCUCACCCAAAGAGCUCAUCAAGAGCAUGUGGCAGGAAUUCAGUGUGAAUAAGCUUUCUCCGCAUCAAUGGCACUCGUUUUCAUCCUCACUGCAGAGCUUGCCUGCUGACUGCCAGGCCGCUAGCAAACCCAAAGGUAGGAUCAGGGGUCAACGGCUAAAAAAACGCAAGCAAAAUGUAGACGAGGGUUGGCAUCCGAGAGUAACAGUCCCCAAGCCUUUCCACAUGACACUUUGUGAGGCGGAAUGGCGAAAGAAGGGUAUAAAAUCACGUUCGGAGAUCGAACAAGAGAACGCGGAUCUCCGACGCCAGGUGGAGGAGCUCACCGAGUGCCAGAGGAAGUUCCACGCCAGUCCGGUGCCUGCGCAUGUGCGCCUCCCGCUGUACGAGGAGCUGCAGGAGCGCGACGAGGAGCGCCGACGACUUCAUCGGGAGAUGGAGCAGCAGCGUCUCCACACCUCACAAAGACCCUUCAGCUUCCUGGAGCGCGAACGGCUGAAGAAAGAGCAGAAGGAGGCCAAGCUCCGCGAGCAAAUGCUCAAACACAACAGAGAGGAAGAAGAGAGGAGGAAAUGCCCGUUCAAGGCCAAACCCGUCCCACGGGCGGUGAAGGAGGCAGCGUCGGGCGAGCAGCAGAAGGAGGAGGAGCUCUACAGGGCCAUCAAGAUGCAGAUGCGGGCGAGAGAGUUGCUUCAUAGCGCAUCCAUGCCUCCUAGCAUGCUUGCACGGCAUCUCAGCGAAAAACAGGUGCAGAAAGCUGCCCAGGAUGACGAGCAUACACACCGACCCAAAAUCAACGCCGAACUUCCAGACUUCGACGCCAGCUACAGGACAUUUCGGAAGCAGCUGGCGAAGCACAGAGAAGUACGGCCUGUGACGGCAUGUGAACCCUUCCAGCUGCGCACGGCUAAUAUCUCCUCACACAAAGAACGCAUCAUGGCAGAUAUCGAGGCAGAGAUAAAGAGCCCAAAACCAUCCCGCUGGCCGUUCAUGACCCCACCUGCCCUCUCGCCCAGAACGCCCUUGUCAUCCCUUUGCUCCUCUCUGUCCGGAAGCCAGGAAUGCUUGUCUGCUAAAAUCACAGAUGCAGCUAAGAAACACCAAGAAGCUGUGAGAAAGGUUCUUGAGCAGAGAAAGCGGGCAGAAGAAGAGGAGGAGAAUUGGAAGGAGAAGCAAAAACAGAGAGAGAAGAGACUACAAAAAGUGGUCACAAAGCGAGCCCAGGCGAAUGACCCGCAUGUGGCCCUGGCCCAGACAUGCAAGUCCAAACUAAAAGAUUUCAGGAAACAAGAUCUUCAGAGACAAAGAGAGUACCAGGAGGAGAUGAGAGAAAUCCAGGAAAGAGUGAAGGGAAGACCUCUGUUACUAGAACAGGUAGCACAGAUGAAUGCUAAGAGAGCAGCAGAAAAGCUCUACUCUGCCACUUUGCAUGGAUGUGGUCUGAGUGAAUCCUUUAUCAGCAGUAAAGCUCCUAAAGGCUUGAAACACAGACAUACUCCAAGCCCCGCCCACUCCGGCAGCCAAACUCCACCCACAUACAGAUCCAACCGUAUUGAGUCCUAUACAGCAGUAUAA